AUGGGGACGGGUGAGGUGGGUAUGAACAGGUCCGCCUGCUCGGCCCUCCUCCAGUCCGUGCCCUGGGCGGACCCUGCCAGGAUCUCCUUCCUCCUGUCCCUGGCCGCCAUGGAUGUCAUGGUCGUCUUAGGAAACUGCCUCGUCAUCAUCGCCGUCUUCAUAUCCUCCAAGCUCCGCUCCGUCACCAACCUCUUCAUCGUCUCCCUCGCCGUCGCUGACCUCAUGGUCGGGCUGGCGGUCCUUCCCUUCUCGGCCACCUGGGAAGUUUUCGAGGUAAGGACUAAGUGUAUGUAA